UUGUCAGGACUUUCCCACUCUUGUUAUGAAUAUCUUGCAACUUUAACACAAUUUAAUUUUUGUCUCGGACCUGGUCUCUUUACCGACCGUCGACGUUCGUUUGAGUUUCCUUGUCAUCUCGGCCCUUUGUCGUCAACAGUCAGCGAUAACAGUUCCCUGCCUUUCUUGUGUCUCUCGAGGAGAACAGCAGCACCGAGUCACCGGUCCCUGUGACCACAUCCGAAGAAAGAAAUCUUGAAGCUCGAGCUUGGAGUGCCGAUAUUAAUCAACCAACCAUUAGUGAUUGAAACCCCAAUCCUUAAACAAAAUCCUCGGAAAGAAAUGCCUCCGCCCAGCACAUCCAGCCACAACACAAACUCGCAGGCUGAUGCCCGUGGCCCCCGCGAGCUCAAAAUCUUCAUAAGCCCCCUCAGCCCGUCGUCGCCAUCAUCCUCACCACGACCACCACCAACCCCCUGCCCCUGGCUCUGGCGCUGCCACUCAUGCUACACAAUAUACCGCCUCGCCGUGACCAGGCGAUGCCUAGACUGCGCCCACACCUUCUGCCUAGGCGACGCGGCAGGCGGCAACGGCCACACCACCGGCGGGAAGAAGAGCAGGCGCCGCAGCGGGCCGUGCAAGGCCGAGUUCGACUACACGGGGUGGAAGGCCCGGGGCGCGUGGCGGCGGACGAUGCUGCUCAACAACGAGGACCAAACCACCAGCACCAGCACCAGCACCAGCACCACCAACGUGAAGAAGAAGGGGGGCUGGGGCGACGAGCACAGGGCCGCCCGGGCCGCGGGGCGGGGCGACACCCAGAUGAGGCGGUUCGACGACAGGCGCGAGCACCUCUUCCUCCGCAAGCAGCACGACUGCUCCCUGCACUGCGACUUCCCGAGCGAGUGCCACCACGCGCUGUUCCGCGCGCAGCAGGAGGGGCGGCCCAUCCUCCGCGAGGCGCUGGCGCUGGACGCGGCGCGGGCGGCGGUCGCGGGGGCGAGGAUGCUGGUGGUGGAGCUGGAGGGGGGCGGUAACGGCGGCAACAAUGAUAGCGUCCGGAGGAGGAAGACGAAGACGAAGACGAAUAAGAAGGCCACCGGGAGGCAGGGGAACGAGGCGGCGACGUGGCUCUGCUCGUCGUCCUCGGAGGACGAGGAGGAGGGCCACUUCUCAUCCCUCCCACCAGUCGACGAGGAGGACACCGACACCGACGCAGAAACCAUCUCCCCCUGCUCCCCGACCUCGCCCGACCCGCCCGGCGACCUGAUGCGCGAGGUGUCGCCCGUCGAGUUCGAGCGCGACCGCCAUCAAGACCCGCCCGUCUCGCCAGGUGGGACGGCACAGCAUAAGCGGCGGUCCCUCCUCGCCGCGACGGACACGCCCGCCGACUUCGCCACGACCGCGGCGGCGCUGUGUUUCGACGACGACGACGACGACGAGGCGCUCGAGUUCGGCCCGUUCGUCUUCGACACCACCUCGCCCACGUCGCCGUCGCCCGGGGCCACAAACACCUCCGCCGACCUCCUCCAGGCCGCGUACAGCGAACAAGCCUGGUUCAACAACAGCAACCCCUUCUGCCCCCCCUCGACGGGCGUGACGACGACGACCAUCACAGCAGACCCGCCGCCGCCGCCGCCGCCGCCCAUCUCCCCCAAGAGCCCCGAGCGCCUCGGGAAGAGGGACAGGAUGCUCGCGCUCCUGGGGCGGCGGGGGGCUGCCGUCGUCGGCGGCGCCGGCGGCGGGGGGUCAUCCGAGCAGGGCCGCUGUUCUUCUCCCCCCUCUUCUGCCCCGGCCAGUUCGACGAGGGAGGUCGACAUCGUCAUCGAGCAUGCGCCCCUGUCGCCCCACCACCGUCACCACGGGUGGGAUGCCUGGUCCUUCCCCCCCUCCUUGGCCCCCUCCCCCUCGCCGCCGGCCACCGACGCAGACGGCGACGUGACCAUGCGCGACGCCUCACCCCCUCCCCCUCCCCCUCCUCCUGCCGACGAGGACGAGGACGAGGACGAGGACGAGGGCGUGUCCCCCGCGACCCCGACCCCGCCGCGGCGCCAGCGCUCGGGCGGCGACGGGACGGAUGAGGACCUGCGGGCGCUGCUGCGGAUGAGGAACGCGUUCAUGAGGGGGGAGAUGGUGUGA